GCCUUUUUGUCUCCACUGCACACAAGUGCGAUAAAAAUAACAUGCAAUUAAUUCGCCCCAAAGCACGACUAGUGUUGGAACCAUGACGUUCAUACAUUGAGAAAAUACACAUAUUUCAGUUGUUGCCCAACAUCCUUUCUUAUGCACACUAUUUGGUCCUGAUUUGUAGACUCACAGAUGGGCGGUGUUUUAUCUGGCGCUGCUCUUUACAACCGUAAUAGACAGUCUAUGAAAUAGAUGUAAAUACACGGACCAUGAAAUUACAGUGAUCGGACUAGCUGCCAAAGUAACGCCCGCAAUCUACAACAGAGGAGACGUGUGUCAAGAGCAGAUGUAAGAUGAGGCUUGUUUAAACCACUCAAACAGUGUUCAGAUCUGUAAGACUAUGAUGUGUGAGUCCUCCCUGGUGCGAUGCCUGCAGCUGUGUGUGUCCUUACUGAUGGUGGUCAGACUGCAGGGCAAGGUAACAGCCCCUGAGCGCGUCGAGGCCCCAGUGGAGCUCCCCUUCACUCUGUCCUGCAUGGUGUCUAAGGGGCGUGGGGACAGCCUGAAACAGGUGCGCUGGCUGGAUGUCCAGAACAAGACUCUGUUGACCUACGAGCCCAGCCAGAAGGACAGCGUGAGCGGCCAGCAGCAUGUAGAGCUGGCACCCUCCCCCAAGGACACCUCAGCCAUCACCAUCCGCAGGGUGGGCUUCAGAGACGAGGGCUGCUACACCUGCAUCUUUGACCUUUACCCCUCAGGAUCGCAGGAGGGACGCACCUGCCUCACCGUCACAUCCCGUGUGACUGCAGAGGGUAACAAGACAGCGGUGAGUGGUAAGGCGGUAGUCCUGUCUUGCUCCUAUGGCCUGCCAGAGAAGGUACAGCAGGUGCUGUGGAGACACACAGCAGAGCAGGGGGACUCCAGCGGAGUAGCCUCCUAUGCCAAGCGCAGCGACCCCAUGAUCGAGCCGCCCUACCAGGAGAGGGCCUGGCUGACCCCCUCCCUCUCCCACAGCCAGCUGUCCAUCAGACCAGUCAGCAUCCAGGAUGAAGGCUGCUACACCUGCGAGUACCACACCUACCCAGAGCGAACCAAGAGUGCUACCGUCUGCCUCACUGUCUUUGUACUGCCUAAACCCCAGGUGAGCUACAAGAACACAUCUCCAGGGGUGAUCGAGGCCAACUGUACAGCCGUGUCACGGCCCCCGGUGGAGAUAGUGUGGAACGUGGAGAGGGACAACCGAACUAUGGGUCCCCCUGUGACAUCACAGCUCCAGCAGGGGGAUGGGACCACCUUGGUCAUCAGCACCCUCACUGUCCAAUCAGGGCUGCUGAAGGACGUGUCCGUCAAAUGCCUGGUCCACCAUAAGGGUCUGGAGUCACCCAUCGCUGUGUCUAUGAACACCAAGAUUGGGACAGCUCUGACCAUCUUAAUCUCUGUGACCACUGUAGCUGCUCUGCUGGUCAUAUGUCUCUGCUUCUGCCUCUGGAAGUGUUUCCUGCGCAAAGAAGAUGACGGAGUCUGAAAGGAGGAAGUGAUAUUCAGCCAAUCAGAGACUGUUCCUCAACAUUCUGCUGCACCUUCAGAAGUGAAGCAAGGCCCACCUCAAGAAGAGGACACACAAUACAAUCCAUCAUGACCAACAUCACAGGGUCACUGAGAAUCUGAAUCCAUCCACUCAAAACACCAAUUGUUUAGUCACAAUGGCUUGUACUCACCAGUUUCAAGAGUUUCAUAGUAGGAGUGCUGAUAUGCGAUCAGAUUUCCCUUUCAGAUCAUAAUAAAUAAGAUUACAUGGACAGUCACAUACCUGACCCUAGGUCAGCACUCCUACUCUGAGACUCUUUGAAUACGGCCCAGAAUAAUCACAACACAUCCUAACAGAUCUGAACCUAACCUUGUCCUCUGAUAACCCCAAUCAGCAUCGAUAUAUAUCAGGAGGUGUGAUGCUGACUAAUGAUUUUAUUCUUGUAACUGCCUUGGAUUCUUUGUGCUAUUGUAAAGUAUGUUCCCGAGAUGAAAGGGACUAUGUCUGUGGGACAACCAUGAAAACUCUGAAUGAGAAGUGACAAUACCUUAGUCUGGCAGGGUAUUACAGUAUUCAGUGGCCCUCACGUCUUGUGAUACACUAAAUGCAGAAGAGAUGAGUAGUUAUUGUAUGGAAUUUACAAACUUUAAAGUCCCACUUUAGACCACUGUAAUGCAGCUUCUGUGGAGGACCUACCCUUUUGAACCCCCCAGAAUGCACUCUAUUUUCAUUCUAUUCUCAGUGUUUCAUGGGACAGCCUGCUUUGCCAAGUUAUUUGCCAAUUAAGUGUACAUAAUGUGUAUGCGACUGACAGUAUUUAGCUAAGUGUGAUUUCUUUCUGGAACCUCCUACAGAUGUAGGAUCUUAAUUUGAUCACCAUGUGGAGGGAGAAUUUUCCUGCAAUGUAGAGUAUUUGAGGCUUAAAAAGGCUUCUAAAGUUUGUAAUUUCCACUUCCCUUAUGGAAAAUUGGUAACACUUUAUUUGAAACCCAGUGUCAUAACAAGUUACCAUGUCAUAAUAUGUCAUAACAACUGACAUAACUUGUCAAAACCUGUCAUAAUAUUGUCAUAACACUGUCAUGACCCAUAUAUUUACACAUGUUGUGACAUACAGUAUAUUGUGUUAUUUUGUGGGUGGUUAUGACAUCUACACAAAUGUGUUUUUUCUUUCAUUUAAACGUUUGUUUCUUAAAUA